AUGGAGGCUGAAGCUAAGGCGUUAUCGCAAGUUCUGGUCAAGAAGUUAGAGGAAACACCAUCCUCAAAACGUCUGCUCGUAGGCAUCUCAGGCAUUCCAGCAUCUGGAAAGUCGACGUUCGCACAACUUUUGGUUGAUCAUACAAACGCUGUCUUGGACCCAGAGUCGACCACACGAGCAAUUCUCGUCGGACUCGAUGGGUGGCAUCUUACUAAAGCUCAACUGGACUUGUUUCCAGAUCCUCAGCAGGCCCAUGACAGACGAGGAAGCUACUGGACAUUCGAUGGAACUGGCUACGUAAAUUUUGUUCGCUCUCUUCGCGCGGAACGAGAGCCCGACGCGCCAAUAAUCACCGCACCCUCUUUUGAUCACGCAGUGAAGGAUCCAACCCCAGACGCAGUCUCGAUAUACCCCUACCAUCGGAUAGUCAUUAUCGAAGGACUAUACACCCUCCUUUCAAUCGAACCAUGGAGCGCCGGCGGUCUUCUUCUUGACGAGCGGUGGUUCCUCGACGUGGAUAUCGAGGCAGCCAGGAGGAGGCUUGUGAAGCGGCAUGUCGUGAGCGGAGUUGCGAAGGAUUUGGAACAGGCUUCGUGGAGGGCGGAUGAGAAUGAUAUGCCAAAUGGCAGAUUUAUUAUUGCGAAUAUGCUGGAACCAACUCGGGUGAUCCAGAACCAGGAUGAUCCCGCCCUGAUUUUACCUUGACCUGUUCGCCUGCUGGUUCCUAUCUGCUUCUACUCCACCUCAUUUAUGUGUUUGGAUGUUCUCGAGCCUUCGGAUUGCCGUUCUUAAUUUGCGAUUCCCCCAUACAGGGCAGGCGAUUGUUGUCCUAGGCAAGAAAGGGCGUACAAACGUCGGUCUGGGGAAACACAUGCUCUAUGUGAUGCUGUGCGAAGCGGGACUAUGCUGUACGUCCUUGGCGGCUGUGGCAAGCCAGAUAAAGAUGAUGGAUAGUGAUUGCUGGACAAUCAAUUCAUCCAACUAUCUAAUAAAUUCUUCUCAUAGACUAUGGAAAAGUCCCGUAUAUGAACAGGUGCUGUAAGAAAAGAAAUAUUAUCAACUGCUUUCCU